AGGCACUCUGGAGCACUUGUAAUUUGCAGUAUGGCUGUUGCAUUGAAAUGGGCAUCUGCUCCCUGAUAGCUGCUGAUGCGCCAGUGCUGAAGCCUCUCCAGAUAAAAUGUUCAACGGUUCAUUGGCAACUUUCUCCAGAAGAAUAAUUACUACUGCUCUGCUCUUGCCAUAAUACCAGAAUUCUGUGACCUACACAUCAGUGCUAAACACCGGCAGAGAAUCAUAUUUUGUUCAUUCUGUGUAGAUGGAACAGGCAUCGAUCUUGAGAAUCCAUCCUGAUUCAAAGCUGCUUACUUGGUUUUCUGGGAUUAAAGGUGCUCAAUGAAUUAGGGCCCCCCAAAUGAGUCAAACAGCCAAUUCUUGCCAACAGUUGGUUGAAAACUGUGCCACGCAUGCAGGGAUGGCGCAAGAGGACAGUCGCCGUGGUCAAGUACCACCCACGUUUUAUCAUGGUGCCAGCCAGGAACUUGAUCUGUCCACCAAAGUAUACAAGAGAGAGUCAGGAAGUCCUUACUCUGUGUUGGUGGACAGCAAAAUGAGUAAACCACAUCUCCAUGAAAGAGAGGAGCAGCCAUAUUUCAGGGAGAACAGAUCGGUAGGAGAGGUCCGGGCUGUGAAAGAAGAUAGAGAAAACUCUGACGACUCUGAGGAGGAAGAAGAGGAGGAAGAUGAAGUGACUUACAAAAGGGAGCAGAUUAUAGUAGAGGUAAACCUUAACAACCAAACAUUAAAUGUAUCAAAAGGGGAGAAGGGUGUCCCCUCCCAGUCCAAAGAGACUGCUGUUCUUAAGACCAGCAGUGAGGAAGAGGAGGGUGACAGUGGGGAAGAGGCCACUGAAGACAGUAAUGAUUAUGAGGAAAAUGAGAGGCAGAAGAAAAAAGAGAAAAGAGUGGAAAAAGGUAGUGUUGCACAAAGGAGAACAAGGAGAGCUGCAUCUGCUGCAGCAGCCACAACUUCCCCAUCACCCAGAACUACAAGGGGUCGUAGAAAGAGUGUGGAGCCCCCCAAGCGUAAGAAGAAAGCUGCAAAGGAGCCCAAGGCACCUGUGCAGAAAUCAAAGUGUGAAGAGAAGGAGACUUUAACCUGUGAGAAGUGCCCCAGGGUGUUUAACACACGCUGGUACCUGGAGAAGCACAUGAACGUCACUCACAGGCGCAUGCAGAUCUGCGACAAAUGUGGGAAGAAAUUUGUUCUAGAAAGUGAGCUGUCCCUUCACCAGCAAACAGACUGUGAAAAAAAUAUCCAGUGCGUUUCCUGUAAUAAAUCAUUUAAGAAGCUCUGGUCCCUCCAUGAACAUAUCAAGAUUAUCCAUGGAUAUGCAGAAAAGAAAUUCUCCUGUGAGAUUUGUGAAAAAAAGUUCUACACCAUGGCCCAUGUGCGGAAACAUAUGGUUGCACACACAAAGGACAUGCCAUUUACAUGUGAAACCUGUGGAAAAUCAUUCAAACGCAGUAUGUCUCUCAAAGUACAUUCCCUACAGCAUUCUGGAGAGAAGCCUUUCAGAUGUGAGAACUGUGAUGAGAGGUUUCAGUACAAGUACCAACUGCGUUCCCACAUGAGCAUCCACAUUGGGCACAAACAGUUCAUGUGCCAGUGGUGUGGCAAAGACUUCAACAUGAAACAGUACUUCGAUGAGCACAUGAAAACACACACUGGAGAGAAGCCCUUUAUCUGUGAAAUUUGUGGGAAGAGCUUCACCAGCCGCCCAAACAUGAAGAGACAUCGCAGAACUCACACAGGGGAGAAGCCCUACCCAUGUGACGUGUGUGGCCAGCGAUUUCGCUUCUCCAACAUGCUCAAGGCGCACAAGGAGAAGUGCUUCCGUGUUACCAGCCCUGUCAAUGUGUCAGCUGCUGUCCAGAUCCCACUGUCCACGACUUCUGCCACCACAGUCCCUGCUAUAGUGAACACACCAACCACCCCAACUCCACCUAUCAACCUGAACCCAGUGAGCACACUUCCUCCACGCCCCAUUCCCCACCCAUAUUCACACCUUCACUUACAUCCUCAUCCUCACCAUCCACAUCAUCUCCCGGUCCCCCCGGUUCCUCAUUUACCCCCUCCUCCAGCUCUUUUUAAGAGUGAGCCUUUAAAUCACAGAGGCCAGAGUGAGGACAACUUUCUGCGGCACCUGGCAGAAAAAAACAGUUCAGCACAGCACCACUAACAUCUUUGCUUCCGGCCAGCUAUUUUCCCAUUUUAUGCACAUGGAAACAUGCCCUCAUGGAAGUACAGAGGGUUAGUUGGUGAGGAUCUUUGUCUUUCUCUUAACCCCAGCAGAUGGUCCUAAUUUUUCCCUUGAAUCAGUUAACAAACAAGGAAAUCCUGGUUUGGAUCAGCAGUGCUCAUUUGAACGUGGGAACCAACAGGACUUAAACCCAAUUUGCUUGCAUUUUACUGGUGACUUUUAUAAAUUUCAGAUACUGAGACUUGUGGAAUUUUAUAAUUUCAUAUCAGCUGAUGAGGUAUGCUUGCUUUUAUAUCCUGGACUUCUGCUCAAAGAGGAGAUAGGCCUGGUUUUCUUUGUACUAAUCGGAAAGGCUGUGAGAUUAAUACAGAGCAUUAAUUGUAUCACUGUGUAUCGUAAUGGAUUCUUUUCCGCUUUUGGUGCCGGCUAUGGAGUGAGCCAGCCACGUAUCACAGUAUAUUUGAGCAUUAUAAAGAAAGACAAAAAAUUUGUUUGUGUAGCUCUCCUAACACACUCUUUAUUUUACUACAGAAAUUAUUUUAGAGUUUUUUGUAUAGACCUAUUUAGUAGUCUGUUUCUAAAAUGAAAUGUAUUUCAAUAAGCGGUGUAAUUUUUUCAGUGUAGCUGGACCUAUGUUGUAUAAUAGAUAAAUUUUUAUAAUCAUCAAAAUGUGAUUCUUAAAAGAUGCAUAUAGCUUCUAUAGUGAAAAUUAUUCUUACAACCAUACAACUUAAAAGGUGCUUCAGAGAAGAAAGGAACCCAAGAGGUCUCUGGAAAGGUUGCCUCAAAAGUGAUGUUGAUUUCAGAACUUUAUGUAAUUUAUUUU